CACGUGCUGCUGUGAGGGAGACGGAGGCGGCGGGAGCUGAGAGAGGGGGCGGGGGCUGCGCUCCCGGGAACUCAGACACUGGCACAGCUUGUUUUGGUUUAUUUCGCAAGGAGAGGUGGGGGGAGAGAGGAAGCCUGGCAGAAACUCCGGCAACUCCUGGACAUAGCUCUCCCCCUGAGCACUUAUUUCUCACCGCACCUCCUCCCUCCGCUGCAGCUCCGGUCCGGCCGUGCACCCCGGAUUGAGGGAGGGGGGUGGAAGGACAAGUCUCCGGUUGGCAGCCGAGGUCUGGCGGGGGUGGGAGUGCGGCUACCUGCCCAUCAAAUGCCACUUUCUGCAACGCAAUGGGACUGAAUGGGGACCGGCAGAGACGGUGAUCCCCCUCCCCGCAGUGACAUUGGAGGGGUGUCUGGCCGCUGCAGCCCGCUGGGAGGACUAAGCUGAGUUCACCGUGAUCGCCCAGAUACCGCAGCAGUGCUUGCACCCAUCCACACCUACAGGCAAACUCUGCAGACGCACGAUGGAGCUCCCCGGCUGUGGACAGGACCGCACUGGGGUUGUGGCUGAUGGGCUCUGCUACUCUGUGGAUUUCUUGAUCCAGGGGAAACCCAACUCUGCGAAGUGGACCUAAUCCUGUGCUGCACGUUACUGCAGUGGUGCUGAACGAUCUGUGAAUUUGCCUAGUGACAUUAUUACAAGGACUCCUCCCAAUUUAUUUUUAUUUUUUUCCGCUUUGAACUAUUAUUUAUACUUUGGUACCAUGGCCAGCCCUACAGAUCCUCCACCUCAAGACGGCUUUUCCGAUGUCAAGAAGGUAGGCUACCUUAGGAAACCUAAGAGCAUGCACAAAAGAUUUUUCGUGCUCCGAGCUGCCAGCGAGUCGGGUCUAGCGCGUCUGGAGUAUUAUGAGAACGAGAAAAAGUGGAGGCACAAAUCUGGGGCUCCGAAAAGGUCCAUUCCACUGGAAAGCUGCUUUAAUAUCAACAAGAGGGCGGAUUCAAAGAACAAACAUUUAGUCGCCCUGUACACGAAAGACGAGUGCUUUGCCAUUGCUGCUGACUGUGAACAAGAGCAGGAGGGAUGGUAUCAAGCUCUAGUGGACCUACACAACCGGGGCAAAACCCAUCAGCACCACCAUUACAGUGAAGGAGCCGCCAAUGGGGUGCAUGAUGGCGUUAAUGGCGAGGAUGUGUAUGGGGAAGUCAACCACCCUGGUCUGGCCUUUAAGGAAGUGUGGCAAGUCAUUAUGAAGCCGAAGGGUUUAGGGCAGCUUAAAAAUCUUGUUGGAAUCUACCGCUUGUGCCUGACCCACCGAACAAUUAGUUUGGUUAAACUCAACUCGGAUGCUGCGGCUGUAGUGUUGCAACUCAUGAACAUCCGUCGAUGUGGACAUUCAGAAAAUUUCUUCUUUAUUGAAGUUGGUCGCUCUGCUGUUACAGGGGCAGGAGAAUUCUGGAUGCAGGUGGAUGACUCUGUGGUGGCGCAGAAUAUGCACGAGACUAUCCUUGAAGCUAUGAAAGCAUUGAGCGAUGAAUUUCGACCACGUAGUAAGAGUCAGUCAUCUUCUAAUUGCUCCAACCCAAUUUCUGUGCCUGUUAGGAGGCAUCACCUUAACCAUCCUCCUCCAAGCCAAGUAGGGCUGAAUCGGAGGGCUCGAACCGAAAGUGUGACGGCCACGUCUCCUGCAGGAGGAAUUGGUAAACAUGGAUCUUCGUCCUCAUUCAGGGUUCGGGCUUCAAGCGAUGGAGAGGGUACAAUGUCGAGGCCUGCCUCAAUGGACGGCAGUCCAGUAAGCCCCAGUGCUAGCAGGGCCCAGUCUCAUCGGCAUAGGGCAAGUUCUCGGCUUCACCCUCCUCUAAACCAUAGUCGCUCCAUUCCCAUGCCAACAAGUCGUUGUUCACCCUCUGCUACAAGUCCUGUAAGUUUGUCCUCUAGCAGCACCAGUGGACAUGGUUCCACAUCUGACUGCUUGUGUCCUCGAAGAUCCAGUGCCUCAGUUUCAGGUUCCCCUAGUGAUGGUGGUUUUAUUUCAUCUGAUGAGUAUGGAUCUAGUCCGUGUGAUUUCAGAAGCUCCUUCCGGAGUGUGACACCAGAUUCUUUAGGGCACACACCCCCAGCUCGAGAAGAAGACUUGAACAACUACAUCAGCAUGGGCAAAACCAACAAUCUUAUCCAGAGAAGCACACCGCAGAGGUACCAGUCAAGUAGGAGCGAGGAGAACUCUGACCUUGACAAAGUAUUUAGAAAGAGGACUCAUUCCUCAGGUACUUCCCCACCCACUAUUUCCCAUCAGAAGACCCCUUCACAGUCAUCAAUAGAGGAAUACACUGAGAUGAUGCCUUCUUAUCCUCUGCGCCUCUCAUCUUUUAGGCACUCUGCUUUUGUGCCCACUUACUCAUAUCCAGAAGAGUGCCUAGAUCUCCACCUGGAAAAUAAUAGACCAAACCACAGCGAUGAUGGCUAUAUGCCAAUGUCACCAGGUGUUGCUCCUGUGCCUACUAAAAAUGGUGACUACAUGCCCAUGAGUCCCAAGAGUGUGUCAGCCCCACAGCAGAUUAUUAACCCAAGACGACAUACACAAGUGGACUCCAAUGGCUAUAUGAUGAUGUCUCCCAGUGGCAGCUGCUCUCCAGACAGCUGUAACUAUAGCAAAAUUUGGACAAAUGGUGCCAACCCAAAGUUGUCCAUAGAGAGCAAUGAUGGCAAGUUGGUUUGCAGUGACUACAUAAAUAUGUCACCAGCUAGCGGUUCUACUACUAGCACUCCUCCUGAUUGCUAUCUCAAUACUGUUGAGGAGCCAUCCAAACCUGUCUAUUCUUAUUUUUCUUUGCCAAGGUCCUUUAAGCAUGUUCACAGGAAGAAUGAUGAUGGCCUCUCGCGCACAUCUGUAAGCUCAGGUCAUCAACUGUACACUGAGGAAUCCUCCUCUUCUUCUACAAGCAGUGAUAGUCUUGGGGGACAAGAAAUCCAGCAAAGCCGCACAAAUGAAAUUUGUCUUCAAGGAAGGAGUAGCAGAUUGACCAGGCCCACACGGUUGUCUUUAGAAAGUAGUAGUAAGGCCAACACGUUGCCUAGGGCUCGGGAACCUGCUUUACCUCCAGAGCCAAAGAGUCCUGGAGAGUAUGUAAACAUAGAGUUUAAUGAAAAAAUAUUCUCUGGGGGGUUAAUCUCUUCGGUACAUCUACCAUCUUAUGUGCAGAGCAGAGUGGUUCCUCAGAGAGAGAAUUUAUCUGAAUACAUGAACAUGGACCUCAAGCACAGGAGGGCAAAAAAUGCUUACACUUCAUGUAAACCUGCCAGUACUGUGUGUUCAACAGACAUAUGCAGUAGUCGUCCGCCUGUUCGAGGAAAGCCCAUUCAGAGGGACUAUAUGAGCAUGCAACUUGGUUCCCUUUGUUCAGAUUACAGUCAAUUACCACCUACUAGGACCACUCCCAAACCAAUCUCUCCCUCUUGUAACAGUAAUUAUGCCGAAAUGUCAAUUAGCGGAGUCUCUGAUAACUUGCAUGCUCCCCCACCGUCUGAUAACACAAGCCUUACAGAAACCUCCUGCUCUCUUCUGGGCCAGGGCUCUGGCCCCAGUGCAUUUACCCGUGUUAGCCUAAGCCCAAAUCGUAGCCAGAGUGCCAAAGUUGUCAGGGCAGGUGACCCACAGGGUAGGAGGCGACACAGCUCAGAGACCUUCUCUUCUACUCCUACCACCGCCCGAGUUAGUACUGGACCUGUUUCUGGAGAUGAUGUAAAGAGACACAGUUCUGCUUCAUUUGAGAAUGUCUGGCUCAGGCUUGGAGAGCCUGUUAGGAGGGAGUCACAGCAACCUUCAGAUCACCAUCAUAACGGCCUCAAUUACAUUGAUUUGGAUCUAGUUAAAGACUUGAGUGGUCUGGAACAUUGUAACCCCCAUCAGACUGGGAUGACCCACCCUUCGGAUGAUCUGAGUGCUUAUGCUAGCAUCACUUUCCACAAGUUGGAUGAACGCAGGAGCCAGGCGGAGACAGAAGAAUAACAACCUCUACAACCUCAGCAAGAUACCUGUUCAAUCUCAAGGGAUUAUGGACUCUCAGUAACCUCCACACAUCACAACCAGGACCUCACAAUCCUCCUCUUCAAUAGAUGGUACGCUGCAUCCACUUCACCUUGUUUACUUCACACGCAAACCUCAGGAGUCAGCUGACUAAACCGCACCUUGUCUGUUGUGCCAAGCAAAACGCACUGUGACGUCUGGACAGAAGCAAUCUGCUCCUUCUUCAUCUUUGGAGACAACCUCAGUGAUCCCCCCCAGCACCAGCUCGCGGUGCACAUGGACUUUCUUCUUCGCACAUUGUACUCAACUCAUUCAAUUUAAGUUGCUGCUGAAAAUUUUCAAGAAAGAAAAAAAAAAAAAAAAACUGUAUUACAAAUCAUUGGUGUAAAUUAUUAUAAGUACAAAAGAACUGUUAAUAAUGAUUGAGAAUUAAAUAUUUAACAUAGGUUUUUGAUUUAUACAAGUUUUUUUUAAUUUUUUUUCUCUUAGAGCCCAUUUUUUAUGUGGGAAUUUGAGGUAUACUGUUGUAAAAAGACUUUGGAUAAUUGCUAAAAUAUGGCUAAUAAAAGACGUAGAGUACUAUCCUCCUUUCUAAGAAACAAAUCCGGUCCUAGAUUGCUAGGACUCCUUAUUCUGGGUCCUAUUUAGUGAGACUUGUAAUAUAAGCGUAUGUCAGAAUACAUCUGCACUCCCGGCAGUGAUGUGCUUUAACUGCUUCAGUGCCAGAUAGGGCUGCAGUUUAUCAGAACCGAUGACCAUACCCACGCUAGUCACAGGUUUAAAAGAUGGAAAAAAAAACACACAUUUUUUUUUUUUUCAUUGCACAGGUACAAGAAAA